GUUAUCAUUUAAGUAUGGCUGAGGGAAAUUUACCGAUAUAUAAUUCAGAAAGUAGAUAUGGUCAGUACCGUGUGAUAGAUACUUCGGGGUUCGAUGCUCAGAAUACGUCACGCACGAGAACUUUAACUUUAAACACGCCUACAUGUACUCCCGAUAUAAGGUCUUUUCAUGAAACGGAAGGACAAGUUAACACGCAUUCUUCACCUAGGUAUAGGGAAAUUUUCCAUAAUACUUCUUAUGGGUCUGAUUCAUUUCUUGGUUCCCCUACUUUUAGACAAGAGUUUAGUACUCCGAAAGUAAGAUUUAGUUCACACUCCCCUACUGUUCGGGGUGAUACAAAUGAAGGAUUAUUACGUAUUGGUGAUAGUCAUAGCUUACCCUUGUAUACAGGAAGUGCUCGAGAUGACUUAGAUACGUCUAUCCCGGGGGUUAAAGGGACUGAUUUUGAUAAAAAGCCAGUGCUUUCCCCUUUAAAAACUGAUUAUACUGUUCCUAAUGUAACAGUUAGACAUUAUAGCUAUAUGAAGAGUUCACCCUCUUUAGUGACAAAGCGUAACAUUAGUAGCGUUACGUCACCGGUUAUGGUUAAUACAUGCCAGACACCAGUGCCUCAUACUUUAUCGAACCAUUAUUCGCAAAGUGUAGGUUUUCCGAGUAAUUUAUCUCGAGGAAACGCAUUUAUGCCUAGAACUUAUAGUGCUCCGAUUAACACUAUGCACUCGGGUAUUACAAAUACUCGGCCAUCUUCGGUUAUGAAUAUAAGUCCCGAUCAUUUCGAUGGUACUACUAGUGAAUGGUCCGAUUAUAUUAUUCAUUUUGAGCAAGUAGCCAACUGGAAUAGUUGGGAUGAUCAACAAAAAGCAUGCAUGUUAACAAUUAAUUUGCGGGGGGAAGCACAGCGAUUACUGUCUACAUUACACCCUUCUCAACUUGCAAGUUAUUCGGAAAUUAAACGUGUGCUAACGCAAAGAUUUAGUCCACAUGAACGUGAAGUUGCCUUUCGCUGUGAAUUCCGUAAUCGGAAGAGAAGCAAGGGUGAAUCCGUUUCGGACUAUGGUUAUGCACUACGCAGAUUAGCUCAAAAAGCAUUUCCUUUAAUGCACAGUGAUGCUUUAGAAACAUGUAUUAUUGACCAAUAUAUUCAUGGAUUAGGUCCUUUUGAAUUAAGAAAGCACGUACAAUUUACACAUCCUAUUACUUUGGAUCACGCAAUUAGUGCUGCCGUAGACUUUAUGUCAUUACAGGGUUCGGUAGAUAAAAUGACAAAACCAUUAGAUGAUGAAAGGGAGUUAACUCGUCCAUUGAAUGCUAUUUCGUCAACAUCAGUUGCGUCCCUUAGACCUACAAAUUUAAAGACUGAUUGUAGUUUAGACGAAUUAAAGCAAAUGAUGUCUUCUCUUUUUUAUCAAAAGUUUGAGCAAAAAUUUCAAGAAAUGACUGAUUCUUACAACAAGAAAACAUAUGGAACUCAAUUUAGGCCAAAUAAUUCCUCGAGAUUUUAUCAAAACACUGGUAUUGAUAGGCCUUCAAUGAGACGCAGUAAUAGCCCUAUGCGUAACUAUGGUAACGCGUACCCCCACUACCAAGGUGUAAAUCAUAAAUAUGGUUCUACUACAAACACCAAUUAUAACUCCCAGUCUAGAAAUCAUCAAAAUAUGACACAGGGAAAUUCUUUUUAUGAGAAACCUAACUUUAAAGACAUACAGUGUACUUACUGUCAUAAAAAAGGUCACAUUGAGAGCCGUUGUUAUGCUAAAAGAAAUGCUUUGAAUCAGGGAAACUAGGUCAGACUGAGGUUGAGGCCAAAACGUCAGUCAGUUCUCAAUUGGUUAGGCCUAUAGAAUUUCAAAAUGUACAUAUUAAUAGUGAACCUCGUACACUUGUUUGUACUUCGUCUCAAUCUAAGGUAGAUAACAUUCUUACCAAAGUUUCUUUGCCUGAAAUGACGUAUAGUUCAAAUUUGAAUUAUAAAAACAAAUCUAAUAAACAGUGUAUUCCAGAAAUUAUAGUUACACCCCCUCCAAAUGAUGUUAAAAAUGACCAAAAGCUUGUUUCUUUAGAAAUUCCUAGUAAAAUUGAGGGUCAAGAAGUAGUACAACCCAAACCGGAAGUUAUGGGUCAUAAAGUAUAUCGUUCUCAAAACGAAAGUGAAAGUAGACCUUUAGCUUUCAAAACUGAAAGUUGUCAAAAAUCUGUCAUUUCAGACCAAAACUUAAUCAAAAAUAACUCUGGGAAAAGUGAAUUAGUUUCAGAACUUAAAAAUGUUGACAAAACUUCUUGUUAUUAUGCAAAAGUAGAUUUAGGUUCUCUUAAAGGAGGGAUGCUAAUUGAUACUGGAAGCCCAGUUUCUAUUUUGUCAAGUUCAUGUUAUAAAAGGCUUCAA